AUGAUAUCCUAUACGUAUACCGUGAACAUUCAGCUGGUUGUGUACGGGAAACAGAUCAUACCCGAUUCGCUUGCAGGCCUAAGGACACUAGAGGAGCUCAAUGUUUCCUCUAACAUUUUGAAGUCCUUGCCAAACUCUAUUGGAUUGAUGGUCAAUUUGAAGAUCCUAAACCUGUCGGGCAAUAUGCUUAAUACUCUUCCUGAAGCCGUCAUUCACUGCAGAUCACUAGAGGAGCUGGAUGUAAGCUUUAACAACCUAACACAUCUGCCUGUAAAUAUUGGUCAUGGACUGGUGAAUCUCAGAAAGCUUUCAAUUCAACUGAAUAAGAUCCGGGUCUUACCAUCUUCGAUCUGUGACAUGUGGUCGUUGACCUAUUUGGAUGCUCGCAUGAAUAAGCUUUCAGGCCUUCCAUAUGCAUUUGGAAAAUUGCCAAAUCUUGAGGUCUUGAACCUGAGUGCUAAUUUUAGAGAUUUCACUGCGCUUCCAGAAACAUUUGGCAACCUACCUAACCUCAAGGAUCUGGAUCUAAGCAACAACCAGAUCCGAGCCCUUCCCGAGAAUUUUGGUUGUCUGGAAAGCCUAAGAAAUCUCAAUUUGGAUCAGAACCCUAUUGUAAUUCCUCCAAAGGAAGUUGUAAGUAAAGGAGCUGAGGCUGUGAAGAAGUUCAUGAUGAUCGUGCUCAAGAAAUAUGCGCAGGCUGCGUCUUUGAAGGACUUGAAGUUGACGGCAUGCAUUGGUGGACGACGCCGCUAA